AUGCUCUCCCAGCAAGGCCCCCUGUCUUCGGACCUCACCAUGGCCGUUCUUGGCUGCGGUACCAUGGGCAUCGCCAUCCUCAACGGCGUCCUCACGUCCCUGUCGGAGAUAAAUGGCCCCAAGCCUCUGCAGACCCCCUCCUCCGGCACAUCAACGCCCUCGGAGGAACUUCCUCCAGCCUUGCCGUCUCGGUUCAUCGCUUGUGUGCGUAGCGCCGAGAGCGCCAAGAGAGUCAAGGCAGCGCUGUGGGAGCACUCAUCUAUCGUCAAGGUGGUCCAAAACGAGAACCUGUCUGCCGUCGAGCAGUCCCAGGUCGUCCUCCUGGCCUGCAAGCCCUACAUGAUCAACGACGUCCUCGGCCAAGCCGGCAUGGCGAAGGCACUGCACGGCAAGCUGCUCAUCAGCGUCUGCGCCGGCAUCACGACCGACCACAUGGAGAUGGCUCUCCACGGCAAAAUCCCCACCGAGGACCCGGGCAAGGACGGCCGCUGCAGGGUUGUCCGCGCCAUGUGCAACACGGCUGCUCUCAUCCGCGAGUCCAUGACCGUCGUCGGCAUCAACAACCCCCCGCUGCCUUCGCAAACCAAGUCGUUGGUUACGUGGAUCUUCAAGCGCAUCGGCGAUGUCGUCUACCUCCCCGCACACACCAUGGACGCUUCCACGGCCCUGUGCGGAUCCGGCCCUGCCAUGUUUGCCCUCAUGCUCGAGGCUGCCAUCGACGGCGCCGUAGCAAUGGGUCUUCCCCGUGCCGAAGCGCAGAGGAUGGCCGUCCAGGCCAUGAGGGGAACGACGGGUCUAGUUCAGUCUGGCGAACACCCGGCUAUCCUGAGGGAAAAGGUCUCCACACCCGGCGGCUGCACCAUUGGCGGGCUGCUGGUGCUCGAGGAAGGGAAGGUUCGCGGCACCAUUGCCAGAGCGAUGCGCGAGGCCACCUGUGUUGCCAGCCAGCUUGGUGAGGGCGUCAAGAACGUCAAUGGCACUAGACAUUGA